AUGUUACUAUUCAUAUGCAUUGUAUUCUCUUAUAUUUAUUUGAUAUCUGGUACUACAUAUAAAUGUGAUCCAAGUAUUUCAUGUGGUUGUUCAGUAUCAACCACCAAUGUUACAUCGCGAAUCGUUGGUGGAGAAACAGCAUCUGAUUAUGCAUGGGGUUGGAUUGUUUCCCUUCAAUUGUUAGAUGGACAUAUAUGUGGUGCAAGUCUUUUAACACCUGAAUAUGCUGUAACAGCUGCUCAUUGUGUACAUGAUUUUAUGAAUUAUAUAUCUAGGUUUGAAAUUCUUGCUGGUACUAAUUAUUUAAAUGAUGCAUCCAUUCCAACUAUUCAACGAAGAUCAAUCAUUAGUAUUACUAUGCAUCCUAAAUAUGAUCCAAACACUGUUGAAAAUGAUAUUGCUAUUCUUAAAUUUUCUCCACUUACAAUAUCUUCAAAUUCUAAAAUAACUUUUAUUUGUUUACCAAAAGAAUAUGAAGAUCCAUUUCAAACGAAUAAUAAUCUUGUAGCUAUUGGAUGGGGUUACUUAUUGGAAGACGUUCAGGAUGUAUCGAAUUCUCUUCAACAAGUAACAGUUCAAGCAUAUUCAUCAACGUCAAAUGAAUGUCAACAAUCAGGUAUGGCCAAUCCAUCAGUGCAAUUUUGUGCGGGAACUAUGGCUGGUGAUACAUGUCAAGGUGAUAGUGGCGGUCCAUUAAUGGCUUUUGUUAAUAAACGUUGGGUAUUAGCAGGAAUAACAUCAACAGGCAAUGGAUGUGCUCGAGUUGGAUAUCCAGGAGUAUAUGCACGAGUCUGUAUUCAAAUAUUAACACACAGUGGCUAA